AUGGAGUCCCAAACAGCUUCUCAGCCUGAGUUUCCUCUGUUCGAUUUCUCCAACCCAAAGUUGAAGCCUGGGUCGGACGAGUGGGCUUCAACUUGCAAGGCUCUGCGAGUCGCCCUGGAAGAUCAUGGGGCAUUCCUCGUGCUCUAUAACAAGGUCGAUGACUCCAUUUAUGCCUCAUCCCGGCAACUAUUUGAUCUCUCAACAGAAGCCAAGAUGCAACAAACCAGUGACAAGCCUGCUCAUGGCUACGUGAACGGAAUGUGCAGCUCACCUCUGUUUGAAUCUCACGCCGUCGACAAUCCCGUGAGCUUACAAGAUUGCCAAAAGUUCGCACGCAUCUUGUGGCCAUCAUCAGGAAACGACUUUUUCUGUGAAUCUGUGCAUGCGUAUGCAAAGCAGGUGGUGGAAUUAGACCAAAUGCUGAAGAGGAUGGUGUGCGAGAGCUAUGGAAUCAACACUCAGAAAUGUGAAAGUUUCCUGGAAACUGUCAAAUAUGUGCUGAGAUUUUACAAGUACUUGCCAACCCGAAGAGAUGAAGGCGAAAAUGGAGUGCUUCCUCACCCGGACACAACCUUGUUCACCAUAUUGCAUCAAGACUGUGAAGGUUUGGAAGUCCAAAACAAGCAUGACCAGUGGGUUAGGGUUGACGCCUCGCCCUCCUUGUUUUGCGUUGUUGCCGGCGAUGCCUUUUCGGUAUGGACCAAUGACAGGAUAUGCCCCCGUUACCACCAAGUGAUGAUAAAGACGAAGACACGUCCCAGGUACAGCAUGGGACUUCUCUCAUAUGCUGGUCAACCUAUGAGUCCACCAGAGGAGCUAGUCGAUGACCAACAUCCACUGCGUUACAAAUCAUUCAAUCACUAUCAAUAUCUGUCUGCCAUUGCCACAAAAGAAGGCCUGAGAUCUGAUUAUCAGCGUCGACUCAAAGAAUUUUGUGGUGUUUGA